GCCGGCGCUGAGGCGCGCGACUUAAGAGAUGGCAGAGUCCAGGAAACGCUGUCUUGGCCGGGCUGUGAGGAAAUCCUUGCCGGUGCCCCGGGAUCUGCAGCUGCCCCCGACCAAGCGAGACCAGCCGGCCUUCAGAGAACAAAGAAAACAAAAACUCAAGGAAUAUCUGUUAAUACGAAAAACAAUGUUUCCAUACCAACAAGAAAAUCAGAUAUCCAGAGAUGAGAAAAUGAUUACAUCUGAGGAUCAGGUCCAAGAAGGGAAAAAAGUUGUGAAACUCAAAACAGAAGUGGCUGAUAAAGAAAAUAUUGGAAGUAUAGUUGAGGAAAACUGCAUUCCAUUAAAAGCUGGAGAAGUAACCACCUCGGAAAUACAUAACUUGAAGGAUAAUAUUCAAGCUGUGCAGUUACUGUCAACGAGAGAUGCUUCCUCAGGCCAGACUGUGACUUUAGACCAGGCACGUCACCAUAAAGACAAUAAAAAGAUGCAAAUGACUGCAGAGAAGCCAAAACAAGACACUGACAUGUCUAAAAAACGAGUGCUUGGCUAUUAUCAUGGCCAGGUUGUUCAGUCUAAGAUUAACUCAUUUAGAAAGCUUCCAAAUGUCAAAGGCGAGACUCUUACAGCAACCAAGAAACUUCCCACUACUGUGUCUAAAGCCACAAAGGCUCAGUGUGAGCCUGCAAACGCUGUCAGUGUGAGAGCCUCAAAUACAGCUGCUGCCACCAAGUCUGCCAACACUAAGUCUGCGAGCACCUCGUCAAAGAGCGCACUUGUGCGACCACCUAUCCGAAGCCUCCACAGUGGGACCCAUGGCACUGCGAAACAGGGCCUCAGCAGGCCCCUGGCCAGUGUCAGCAGAGGGUCACUUCGAUCCGAACCAGUUGUGUCUGUUGUCAAAACCGGUUCUUCUCAGGACACAAAAAGAGACAACAAGGCCCCAUCAAGAAGCAUAACAUCUAAAGAUGUAACCAGGACUAAUUCAUCUAAUACCAGACAGAUUGUAAAGUCAAAAGAUACUGACCAGCGCAGAUACACCAUCGCAGGAGUGGCUCUGCCCAAAGACGCCACAGCACAGAGGAAAGCUCAGAUGACCGAGUGGAAAACUGGCAAGGGAAAGGUGUUAAAAAGGCCUCCUCAUUCAGUGGUCACCCAGGCUGAGCCAAAGGGACAAAAUGAAAACCCAGUUGGGUCCUUUUGGACUACCAUGGCAGAAGAAGAUGAACAGAGAUUAUUUACGGAAAAAGUAAACCAAACAAUUUCUGAAUGCCUGAACCUCAUUAAUAAGGGAUGCCCCAAAGAAGAAAUUUUAGCUACAUUGAAUGACCUGAUUCAUAAUAUUCCAGAUGCUAAAAAACUUGUCAAGUAUUGGAUAUGUCUUGUACGUAUUGAACCAGUCACAAGUCCUAUUGAAAAUAUUAUCUCAAUCUAUGAGAAGGCCAUUCUGGCAGGGGCUCAGCCUAUUGAAGAAAUGAGACAUAUAAUCAUAGAUAUUCUAACAACGAAGAAUCAAGAAAAAGUCAAUUCGGGAGAAAAUAUUGAAGAGGCACAUACAACCAAGGAACAUAUCCAAGAAGUAAAUGUUGAAGCUAAUCCAGGAUCAGGAAAACCAAAAGGGGAGAGUGAACAUCAUGAAAAAGUUGAGGUUUGUGAAGACAAUCAAGAUAACAAAACAGAAGAUCCAACCAAUGGUUUAACAACCCCAGACUCAAAAACUGAAGCAGGUUGCAUAAUUCGAUAUAAUGUAUCUUCUACACCACUGCUGCAAAGUAUGAAAAAGAUGCAACAUGGUAAAAAUUCCACAUUUAAAGAGCUAAAGUUUCUGACACCAGUGAGACGUUCACGGCGCAUUCAAGACAAGACUUUGCAACUGCCAGCCAUGUUAAAAGACCAUGACCCUUCUGUGUCGUCCCUGGAGCAGUUGUCUGAGUUGGGGGGCGAUGCUUUUGUUUGCCGUCCUAAUGCUGCACUGUGCCCGCUGGUCUUUGAGAGCGAGGCAGCAGAAGAGGAGUAGCAGUCCCAAAUCCUGAGCAGUUACGGUCAUUACUCCUGUGCCGUGCAUGUGGACAGCUUCAUAGUAGGUCUCAGGUUGUCCACGGCCUAAGAAUGGCACAGGUGAACUUCAUUAGCUUGUUUAUUGUGUUUUUAAAAUGUAAGGUUAG